AUGGGUAAUUAUACAUCAACGGCAACUGUUACUAAUGAACCAGCAACGAUCAUCACCCACAGUACUAGUGUGCUGCCUCGCAGUGCUUGUCGAAUUAUUCAAAACUUUCUUCUCGUUUGGCUCGAUGCCAAUUUUGAUGAAUCAGGCAGUGAUUUUAAAAAUUCGUUGCAACAUCUUCGAAAAAUCGUGGCAUCCAUCACAACAUUUACGGAUGCCCAACAAUGUGUUAAUUUCCUAAGUGAAAUCAAAAAAGAAAAGGUAUUUAUGAUCGUAUCAGGUUCCUUGGGUCGUCAAAUAGUACCAGAAAUCGAAGCAUUGCCACAACUGGAAGUAAUUUAUGUGUUUUGUGGCAACCAAUCGAUUCAUGAACAAUGGGCUAAAAAAAUCAGCAAGGUUAAGGGUGUAUACACAAAAAUAGAACCAAUUUGUCAAGAACUUGAAAUUGAUCGACAACGAUGUGAUCAAGCUAUGAUCCCGAUCAGCUUUAAUGGUCGUGAUGCAUUAUUUAUGUAUACACAACUUUUAAAAGAAGCCCUUUUGGAAAUUGAAGAUGACGAUGUCAAAUCGAUUAAAAAUCUCGUAGAAUACUGUCGUCUGCAAAAUGAUGUUGAUGAAGAUGAAAUAAAAAAAGUGCAGCGAGAAUACCGAAAUCAUACAUCAAUUUGGUGGUAUACGGCUCCUUAUUUCAUGUACUCAAUGCUCAAUCGUGGGCUCCGAGAAAUGGAUGUCGAUAUUAUCCUGAAAAUGGGAUUUUUCAUCCGUCAUUUACAUCAGCAUAUUACCGAACUACAUCGCGAACAACAAGGAAACAUGCCAACAAAUUUUCAAGUCUUCCGUGGACAAGGUUUGUCCAUGGAAGAUUUUGAAAAAAUGAAAAAAACCAAAGGAGGACUUAUGUCCUUCAAUAACUUCCUGUCAACAAGUCGCAAUCGUCAGAUAUCUUUCAAAAACUUUGCACGACCAGCAGCAUUAAAUACAAAUUCAGUUGGCAUCCUUUUCAUUAUGAACAUUGACACGGCUAUUUGCACGAAAUCAUCAACACCAUUUGCUGAAGUAAGCGAGGUUGGCUACUACAAAGAUAAAGAGGAAGAAAUACUAUUUUCAACACAUGCGAUUUUUCGUAUCGAUCGCAUUGAACGAAUUCCCGAUAAUCACUCUGAUCGGCUAUACGAAGUCUCUCUCACUAUUGUGGGUAAUGACAAUCAUGAAUUAAACACACUAACAGCACAUAUCCGUGAGGAUCUUGGUGGUCGCACAGGAUUGUCUCGACUUGGUUUCAUACUUAUUAAAGUGGGCGAACCUGCAAAAGCAGAACAACUUUAUCAAAUUCUCCUUGCAAAGGCAUCUUCUGAUGAGGAUCGAGAAGAAUACAAUGAUCAACUUGCCUGGAUCUAUAAUAACAUGGGUGAGUACUUAAAAUCAGUCUUAUUCCUCGAACAAGCACUUGAUAUCAAGAAGAAAACUCUCCCUCCGAAUCAUCCCGACUUGGCUUCUUCCUACAACAACAUCGGCUUGGUGUAUGAUAGCAUGGGCGAGUACUCGAAAGCACUUUCAUCCUAUGAACGAUCACUUGAAAUUCAGAAAAUAGCUCUCCCUCCGAAUCAUCCCAACUUGGCUGGUUCCUACAACAACAUCGGCGAAGUGUAUAGAAACAUGGGCGAAUACUCGAAAGCACUUUCAUCUCACGAACGAUCACUGGAAAUCAAGAAAAUAGCUCUCCCUCCGAAUCAUCCUGACUUGGCUGAUUCCUACAACAACAUCGGGUUGGUAUAUAAUAACAUGGGCGAGUACUCGAAAGCACUUUCAUCGUAUGAACGAUCACUUGAAAUCCGUAAAAUAGCUCUCCCUCCGAAUCAUCCCGACUUGGCUGCUUCCUACAACAACAUCGGGUUGGUGUAUAAUAACAUGGGCGAGUACUCGAAAGCACUUUCAUCACACGAACGAUCACUUGAAAUCAAGAAAAUAGCUCUCCCUCCAAAUCAUCCCGACUUGGCUUCUUCCUACAACAACAUCGGGUUGGUGUAUAAUAACAUGCGCGAGUACUCGAAAGCACUUUCAUCGUACGAACGAUCACUUGAAAUCCAGAAAAUAGCUCUCCCUCCGAAUCAUCCCGACUUGGCGGCUUCCUACAACAACAUCGGCUUGGUGUAUUAUAACAUGGGCGAGUACUCGAAAGCACUUUCAUCGUAUGAACGAUCACUUGAAAUCCGUAAAAUAGCUCUCCCUCCGAAUCAUCCUGACUUGGCUGAUUCCUACAACAACAUCGGGUUGGUGUAUAAUAACAUGGGCGAGUACUUGAAAGCACUUUCAUCGUAUGAACGAUCACUUGAAAUCCGUAAAAUAGCUCUCCCUCCGAAUCAUCCCGACUUGGCUACUUCCUACAACAACAUCGGUAUGGUAUAUGAUAAUAUGGGCGACUACUCAAAAGCACUUUCAUUUCUUGAAAAAGCACAUGAAAUUGAUCGUAAAACUUUGCCACCAAAUCACCCAAAUAUCGCACAAUCGAAAAGAAACAUUGAAAAUGUGAAAAAGAAAAUGUAAUUGUCUUUUUUUCGAUUUUAAGGAGAAAAUAAAUUGGCGUUCUUGAAACUGAGGCUCGCCGAAGCAAGCAGCUGCAAAAUUUCGCGCACGCGCGACCAGAGAUACCCUCCGUAUUCUGCUGGCUCGUACAGUGGAUAAAGCCGGCAAUGGCUAGGCAAACAUACAUCGAUGUACGUAUGAAUAGUACGACCAUGAUCAUCAUCUUCGAACAGACGAUGACGAAAUGGACGCUUCUAUUCAUACAUACAUUGAUGUAUGUUGUGAAGGUCUACCAUCUGCACGCCUGCACGGGUCACCAACAGAACGUCGGAUAUCCCUGAGAAGGUUCAUUUGUUUUAGAGCCACCCUCAAAAGCUCCAUUAGUUAGAAAAUUAUUUUUGUUCUUCUGUUAUGAAGAACGAGAAGAAGUAGAAAUGGAAGAAA